AUGGCGCGCCGGGGGCGGUUCCAGCCGCUCGGCGCGCUCCUCUGGUUCGCCGCCGGCGCCGCGGCCCAGACCUGCGCGAGCGUCGCGUUCGCCGAGCGCGUCGUCACCGACUCGGCGGACUACGCCCAUGCCGUCUUCGCCAUCGACGUCGACGGCGACGGCGACGUCGACGUGCUGUCGGCGUCUACCAACGACGACACGGUCGCGUGGUACGACAACGACGGCUCCCAGUCCUUCGCCGAGCGCGUCAUCACCGACUCGGCGGACAACGCCGGCUCCGUCUUCGCGAUCGACGUCGACGGCGACGGCGACGUCGACGCGCUGUCGGCGUCCUACAGCGACGACACCGUCGCGUGGUACGAGAACGACGGCUCCCAGUCCUUCACGGAGCGCGUCAUCACGAACUCGGCGGACGGCGCCCGCUCCGUCUACGCCGUCGACGUCGACGGCGACGGCGACGUCGACGCGCUGUCGGCGACGUACGUCGGCGACGACGUCGAGUGGUACGAGAGCGGCCCGGCGGAGGCGUGCUCGUGCGCCGUGACGCUCGGCGGCGCCGACUGCAACAGCCUCGCCCAGGUCCAGACCUACUGCGACGGGACCGUGGACGGCUCGUACUGGUGCCUCGACGACCCGAGCUCGGCCGGCGUCGCCGCUUACGGGAGCGGCGGGAGCUGGGACUGCGCGACGCUCGAGCUCGCGUGCGUCGCGCACGACGACGCGUACGACAGCGGGGCGACCUUCUACGGCGGCUCCGAGGACUGCGGCGCCUCCUCCGUCUUCGCGGCGCACGUCAUCAGCGCCGCCGCCGACGCCGCCCACUCCGUCUUCGCGAUCGACGUCGACGGCGACGGCGACGUCGACGCGCUCUCGGCGUCCGGGGUCGACGACACGGUCGCCUGGUACGAGAACGACGGGUCCCAGUCCUUCACGCAGCGCAUCAUCACGGCACUCGCGGACUUCGCCCGCUCCGUCUUCGCGCUCGACGUCGACGGCGACGGCGACGUCGACGCGCUCUCGGCGUCCCAGCUCGACGACACGGUCGCGUGGUACGAGAACGACGGGACCGAGUCCUUCACCGAGCGCGUCAUCACAAACUCGGCGGACGCCGCCUACUCCGUCUUCGCGCUCGACGUCGACGGCGACGGCGACGUCGACGCGCUGUCGGCGUCGGGCGACGACGACACGGUCGCGUGGUACGAGAACGACGGCUCCCAGUCCUUCACCGAACACAUCAUCACGACGCUGGCAAAUGGCGCCAAAUCCGUCUUCGCGCUCGACGUCGACGGCGACGGCGACGUCGACGCGCUGUCGGCGUCGGGCGACGACGACACGGUCGCGUGGUACGAGAACGACUGCGGCACGCACGCGCCGACGGCGACGCCGACGCCGCGGCCGACGGCCAACUGCGCGAGCGUCUCGUUCACGAAGACCGUCAUAACGACGCUGGCGGACGUCGUGAGACAAGUCUUCGCGUUCGACGUCGACGGCGACGGCGACGUCGACGUGCUGUCGGCGUCCCGCGACGACGACACCGUCGCGUGGUACGAGAACGACGGGUCCGAGUCCUUCACGAAGCGCGUCAUCACGAACUCGGCGGAUGGCGCCUUCUCCGUCUUCGCGAUCGACGUCGACGGCGACGGCGACGUCGACGUGCUGUCGGCGUCCUCCUACGACGACACGGUCAGGUGGCACGAGAACGACGGAUCGCAAGCGUUCGCGGCGCGCGUCAUCAAGAACGCGGCGGACGGCGUCCGCUGCGUCUUCGCGAUCGACGUCGACGGCGACGGCGACGUCGACGCGCUCGCGGCAGUGCAGUAUGACGACACGGUCGCGUGGUACCAGAACGACGGGUCCGAGUCCUUCACCGCGCGCGUGAUCACGGACUCGGCGGACGCCACCAUCUGGGUCUUCGCCAUCGACGUCGACGGCGACGGCGACACGGACGCGCUUUCCGCGAUCUGGGACGACGACACGGUCGCGUGGUACGAGAACGACGGGUCCCAGUCCUUCACGCAGCGCGUCAUCACGAACACGGCGGACGGCGCCGUCUCCGUCUACGCGAUGGACGUCGACGGCGACGGCGACGUCGACGCGCUGUCGGCGUCCGCCUUGGACGAUACUGUCGCGUGGUACGAGAACGACGGGUCCGAGGCUUUCACCGAGCGCGUCAUCACGAACUCGGCGGACUACGCCUACUCCGUCUUCGCGAUCGACGUCGACGGCAACGGCGGCGUCGACGCGCUGUCGGCGUCCUACUUCGACAACACGGUCGCCUGGUACGAGAACGACGGGUCCGAGUCCUUCACUGAGCGUGAGAUCACGAACUCGGCGGACGGUGCCAUCGCCGUCUACGCCAUCGACGUCGACGGCGACGGCGACGUCGACGCGCUGUCGGCGUCCAUCGACGACGACACGGUCGCGUGGUACGAGAACGACUGCGGCACGCACGCGCCGACGGCGACGCCGACGCCGCGGCCGACGGCCAACUGCGCGAGCGUCUCGUUCUCCGGGCGCGUCAUCACGAACUCGGCGGACGGCACCAUCUCAGUCUUCGCGAUCGACGUCGACGGCGACGGCGACGCGGACGCGCUGUCGGCCUCCGGCCUCGACGACACGGUCGCGUGGUACGAGAACGACGGGUCCGAGUCCUUCACGGAGUACGUCGUCGGCACACCCGACAACGCCCUCUCCGUCUUCGCGAUCGAUCUCGACGGCGACGGCGACGUCGACGCGCUCUCGGCGUCCUACAACGACGACACGGUCGCGUGGUACGAGAACGACGGCUCCCAGUCCUUCACGCAGCGUGUCAUUACAAACUCGGCGGACGGCGCCUACUCCGUCUUCGCGAUCGACGUCGACGGCGACGGCGACGCGGACGCGCUGUCGGCCUCCGGCCUCGACGACACGGUCGCGUGGUACGAGAACGACGGGUCCGAGUCCUUCACGGAGUACGUCGUCGGCACACCCGACAACGCCCUCUCCGUCUUCGCGAUCGAUCUCGACGGUGACGGCGACGUCGACGCGCUGUCGGCGUCCUACAACGACGACACGGUCGCGUGGUACGAGAACGGCGGCUCCCAGUCCUUCACGCAGCGUGUCAUUACAAACUCGGCGGACGGCGCCUACUCCGUCUUCGCGAUCGACGUCGACGGCGACGGCGACGUCGACGCGCUCUCGGCCUCCGGCCUCGACGACACCGUCGCGUGGUACGAGAACGACGGGUCCCAGUCUUUCACCGAGCGCAUCAUCACGACGCUCGCCGACUACGCCCUCUCCGUCCUCGCGAUCGACGUCGACGGCGACGGCGACGUCGACGCGCUCUCGGCGUCCAUCGGCGACGACACGGUCGCGUGGUACGAGAACGACGGCUCGCAGUCUUUCACGGAGCGCGUCAUCGCCGACUCGGCGGACGGUGCCCGCUCCGUCUACGCCAUCGACGUCGACGGCGACGGCGACAUCGACGCACUCUCGGCGUCCUACAACGACGACACGGUCGCGUGGUACGAGAACGACUGCGCGACGGCGCCGCCGAGCGCGCGGCCGACGAUGGCGCUCUGCGGCGAGGUCGCCUUCGCCGAGCACCUCGUCGACGACGCGUGCGACAAUUCCGCGUUCGCGUUCGCCGCCGGGGCCGACGAGGGGUUCGCGUUCGACGCGGACGGCGACGGCGACGUCGACUUCGUCGUCGCUGAGCAGAGCGACGACGUCAUCGCCUGGUGGGAGAACGACGGCGCCGAGUCCUUCACGGAGCGCGUCGUCGUCGACGCGGGCGUCGCCAAGCCCGCGUCCAUCUGGGCCGCCGACGUCGACGGCGACGGCGACUGGGACCUCGUCUACGGAGCGACGAACGGCGACGAGGUCGCCUGGUGCGCCAACGACGGCCAGCUGAGCUUCGCCUGCGGCCGGGCCAUCGACGGCGCCGCGGCGGGCGUGAAGCAGAUCUACGCCGUCGACGUCGACGGCGACGGCGACGUCGACGCGCUCGCCGCGAACAUGGACGACGACGCCGUCGCCUGGUACGCGAACGACGCCGAGGCCUUCUCCAAGGCCGUCGUCGAGGCGGCGGCCGACGGCGUCUACGCCGUCUUCGCCGUCGACGUCGACGGCGACGGCGACGUCGACGUGCUGUCGGCGUCCACCGACGACGACACGGUCGCGUGGUACGAGAACGACGGGGCCCAGUCCUUCGCGGAGCGCGUCGUCACGACGCUCUGCGGCGGCGCGCGCUUCGUCUACGGCCGCGACCAGGACGGCGACGGCGACGUGGACGUGCUCUCCGCGUGCAUGCAGGGCGACACGGCGUCCUGGUACGAGAACGACGGCGGCGCGCCCGUCGGCCUCGCGGAGCGGGUCAUCGACGCGCACGCGCCGGGCGCGCGGUUCCUCUUCCCCGCGGACUUCGACGGCGACGGCGACGUCGACGUCGCGCUCGGGGCAGCACAAGAGAGCGAAAUUCCCAACUUCAAAGGCUCAUAUCUCGGCCGUUUUCCACUCGUCGCGCUCGCGCUCUACACCGACGACGCGGUCGCCUGGUACGAGAACGACGGCGCCAUGUCCUUCGCCGAGCACGUCGUCGCCGACGGCAAGGACGGGCCCGCGUUCGUCUUUGGCGAGGACGUCGACGGCGACGGCGACGUCGACGUCCUCACCGCGGCGUCGAAGGACGACACGCUGCUCUGGUACGAGAACGUCUGCGCGCCCUGGUCCAAGUACCCGACGGCCGCGCCGAGCCUCUCGCCGACGGCGACGCGGCGGCCGUCGACGGCCGCGCCGACGACGCCCGCGCCCGCGCCGACCGCGACCUUCAUCCAGAUCGAGAGCAUCGGCACGGGCUGGACGUGCGUCGCGGGCCUCGCAUGCGAGACGACGUGGACGUACCGCGGCAGCGCCGACGCCUGCGCGACGGUCCAGGUGACGGUCGCGCUGCGCGACGGCGAAGUCGUCGCGACGCAGACGGGCGUGGCCAACGACGGCGACAGCGAGGUCAACGUCGCGGACGCGGCGCAGGUCGACGAUUACACGCUCGAUGUCGUCUGCGAGGACGCUCCGGAAGUCGGCGAUUCCGCGGACUUUGAGCUUCCUGCCGACGAAUACGCCGAGUGCGAGUCCCAGCGCGAGUCCCAGUGGGACGCCGACUGGAUCUCCCACGAGCGCUCCGUCGUCGAGUCCGAGCGCCAGUCCUACCCGGAUGCCGACUGGAUCUCCCACGCCUAUUCCCGCGUCGGCGCGGACCGGCGUCUCGCGCAAAAUUCAUUCGAGAGGCAUCCUAUUCUUACCGCGGCUCCCCUUGCAGGUCCCGACACACGCUCCCACGCCGAGCCGCAGCUUCGCGCCGUCGUCGACGCCGUCCGCGUCGCCCACCCCCACUCCGAGCCCGUCGGCGCUUCCGUCGGCAUCUCCGACCGGGCGCCGAGGAGCAAAAAGCGAGGGCGAGCGCCGAUCAUCAUGAUGUGCCGCGUGCUCGCGAUGACGGUGGCGACGGCGGCGGCGCUCACGAACGGCACGGUCUUCGGCCUCCCCUACGCCGCGCGCCGCGGCGGGUCGGGCGUCGGCACGGCCGACGGCACGGAGCCGAACGUGACGUGCGACGUGGACUUCGACGUGGACGAGGACAUGUACCCGUCGAGAGCGUCCUCGGACAUCUUCUACGACGCCUUCGGCGAGGGGGGGACGCACGUCGAGUUCGGCUGGUCGCUCUACGACGCGCUCUACGACGAAGUGUUCAACGGCACGUCGGGCUACGGCACGCUGCGCGACGACUUCGCGUUCAACGGCACGUCGGGCUACGACACGAUGCCCAACCCCGUCGACUACGAGUCCUUCAACGUUACGCCGGGCUACUUCCAGACCCCCCCCGAGGACCUCAUCCACGUCCGCGGCAUUAUCGUCGGCGACGACGGCGACGCCGUCGACGGAUUCCUCUACGCGGGCGGCGGCGGCGGCGACCAGGGCGGCCCCGGCGGCGGCGGGGGUGGAGGCGGCGGUCCCACCGCGGCGAGGCUCGACGGCUACCUUCGGGUGGGGGCCUCCCUCUACAAGAUUGAGGACUACGCGAAGCUCAAGUCGCAGGAGUUCUACCUACCCCUACCUACCUACCGCAAGUACAUCCGCGACAUCAACGAGGCGACGUGGCGGUCGCUCAAGGUCGACGAGGGCCGCGGCGACGAGGGCGACACGCUCUUGCCGGCGGCAGCGCCCUCGGCCGCGGCCGCGACGUCCGCGGCGCCCUCGGCUGCGACGCCGAAGCCGAAGCCGAAGCCGAAGCGCCGAGGCUGGUUCUUCGGCCGGCUCAGGGCGACGAAGGCGAAGAAGAAGAAUGUCGGCGCGCCGAACCGCGUCGAGGACGCGACGGGCCUCGAGGGCGAGGGCGACCGCGUCUUCAAGGACGCGGGCCUCGAUGUGCGCACGAAGUACUACAACUCCAAGCUCUACACGCUCGUCGUAAAGAUCGGCGGCCGCGACUUCGAGGUCGGCGUGGCCCACGAGCCCGCGUUCCGCCACGAGUUGAGCCGUUGGCUGGACGGGGACUGCGCCGGGCGCAUGGGCUUCUUCGGGAACUGGAAGACGAUGAUGGAGAACCUCGUCAUGUCCGAGGUCGCCGACGAGUGCGACCGGUCCGGCGCUCCCGUCCGGCUCGUCCCUCGCUGGUUCGACGAGGACGAUGUCGUGGACGCGGUGCUGGUCCACGAGGACGACUUCGAGGCGGCGACGAUCGUCAGCCGCGUGCCCGCCAUCGGGUUCGACGGCGCCGCCCUUGGAGUACAGUUCAAGACGCAGCGGUGCUUCUGGAGCGGCGCCAGGGUGCUUUCGCUGUACCCGAGUGACGUCGAGGCCUACGCGCACGUCCCGUACGUACGCUACGACUACGAGCUCGACCGUUUCCUCUUCUUCAGCACGGGCCAGGAGCUCCUCGACCGCAUGACGCCAACUGGGCACGCUCAGCAGCGGCCUGAUAUCGAGGACGGCCCCUGGUACAUCAGUACGAUGCCCGCGUCCGUCGCGAUCGUCGUCGACCCGAACCACGACGAGGGCAAGGCACUCUGGGACGCCGAGGGCAUCACGAAGGAGCAGCUCGUGGCCAAGCUCGCGGCGCUCUGGGUCGACGGGGAGACCACGAAGACGUGCUACGAGGACAUGAUGACGUCAAACGAGGCUGGAAACUUCCGCGCUUUCCAGCAAGUCACCGACAUUGCCAUCAAGAUCACGGAUUUCCCAUGCCAGAUCAUCGACGCGUUCAUCCUGGUCGACGACCUAGAAGUGAAGAUGCAAGAAAAAUCUACCAACGCACCCCGUGGUGAUCGGCUCGCGUUCCCCAUGCGCAAGCACUACGACGAGCAAAGCUUCGACGUGUUCCUGCUCAACAUCGAGAGCAUCGGCACGGGCUGGACGUGCGUCGCGGGCCUCGCGUGCGAGACGACGUGGACGUACCGCGGCAGCGCCGACGCCUGCGCGACGGUUCAGGUGACGGUCGCGCUGCGCGACGGCGACGUCGUCGCGACGCAGACGGGCGUGGCCAACGACGGCGACAGCGAGGUCAACGUCGCGGACGCGGCGCAGGUCGACGAUUACACGCUCGAUGUCGUCUGCGAGAACGCUCCGGAAGUCGGCGAUUCCGCGGACUUUGAGGUACGCCAAGCGCCGAUGGCCACGGUCAUGCAGCGGCGCCUGCGACUGCGCGUCGGGCGGGUGCGGCUUGAGCGCGCCCGGCGGUCGGGCCUGGCCCAAAUGUUCGAGCGCGCGCUCGAGCGAGCGACGUCGCGCUCGCCGCCGCUCCUCGGCGACGAGCCCGCGGACUUCAAGAUCGCGCCGCUCGACCUCACCCUGCUCCCCGCGGUCCCCGAGAAAGACGAGUUCUGCGGGAGCGUCGAGUUCACGCCCCUCCACUUCGAGGCGCCCGCGGUGCUCGAAUCCGAGCGGCGGGUCGUGCUCCGGCGUCGCGUGCCCCUGUGGACGCGCGUCGGCGGCCGCGUCGCGCGGCGGCGGCUGGGCCACCCCAAGAACGACGCCGGCGGCGCCGCCGCGCACGCCGUCGGCCGCGGCCGCUUCGCGGUCCUCGGCGACGACGACACGGACGAGGACGAGGACGUCGACCGCGACGACCGCGCCGCGAAGCUGACCUCGGCCCUGGCCCUGCAGCAGCCCGGCGACGGCGCGUCGAAGAAGAAGCCGACGCCGUCGAAGGCGCUCCAGUCGAAGAAGAAAAAGAAGCCGACGACGAAGAAGGCCACGAAGCUCGAGAAGCCGAAGACGGACGACGGCGACGAGCGCGCGGCGCCGGAGUGCCCCGCGGCGCCGCCUUCAGCGUCGACAUCGACGGCGUCGGUCCCCACGGCGGCGCCCGCGGCGACGACUCCGGCGGCGGCGACGAUGGCCGCGGUCGAGAAGCCGAAGAGCCUGCUCCGCAAAGCCCGCGCUGCACUUCGCGGUGUGGCUCGUGGAGUCUCGCGGCUCGCGCGCAUGGGCAUCUGCGGCGGCAAGGCGACGACGGUCUGCGUGACCGCGCCGGACGGCGAGGAGGGCGAGAAGAAGAAGCCCGCGAAGGCCAAGGCCGGCAAGCCCAACAAGGCCGCGGAGCUGACGGAGGAGGAGCUGUACUGGGCGCGCGCGUUCAUGAUCGCGCGCCGCUUUCCCUGCGGCGCUCCUCUUCGCGCAGGAGGUCGGCGGCGCCGGCCGCCUCGGGCUCGCAAACGCCCCCUCUUCUCGUCCGCGAACGUCGCGGGCGGCUACGGCGACGCGGCCGCGCCGCGCGACGAGGGCAUCGUCGCCGGCGACCGGGGCGAGGGCGUCGACGGCACGAGCUGCGGCGGCGCGGGCGUCGACGGCGAGGGGCGAAGCGACGGCGGCGGCGGCUGCGCGAACGACUGCGCGUCCUCGAAGGGCGCGGGCGGCUACGGCGACGCGGCCGCGCCGCGCGACGAGGGCAUCGUCGCCGGCGACCGGGGCGAGGGCGUCGACGGCACGAGCUGCGGCGGCGCGGGCGUCGACGGCGAGGGGCGAAGCGACGGCGGCGGCGGCUGCGCGAACGACUGCGCGUCCUCGAAGGGCGCGGGCGGCUACGGCGACGCGGCCGCGCCGCGCGACGAGGGCAUCGUCGCCGGCGACCGGGGCGAGGGCGUCGACGGCACGAGCUGCGGCGGCGCGGGCGUCGACGGCGAGGGGCGAAGCGACGGCGGCGGCGGCUGCGCGAACGACUGCGCGUCCUCGAAGGGCGCGGGCGGCUACGGCGACGCGGCCGCGCCGCGCGACGAGGGCAUCGUCGCCGGCGACCGGGGCGAGGGCGUCGACGGCACGAGCUGCGGCGGCGCGGGCGUCGACGGCGAGGGGCGAAGCGACGGCGGCGGCGGCUGCGCGAACGACUGCGCGUCCUCGAAGGGCGCGGGUGGCUACGGCGACGCGGCCGCGCCGCGCGACGAGGGCCUCGUCGCCGGCGACCGGGGCGAGGGCGUCGACGGCACGCGCUGCGGCGGCGCGGGCUACGAGUUGAUCGCCUUCUUGACGAAGGGCAAGAAGGGGCCCGCGAAGAAGGGGCCCGCGAAGGCCAAGGCCGGCAAGGCCGGCAAGGCCAAGGGCGGCAAGAACCUGCAGAAGGGCGACCAGGAGGAGGAGCCCGGCGACCAGGGCGACGAGGGCGGCGACGGGUCCAACGGCGGCAACUCCGGCGGCAACGACGGCGGCGGGUCCGGCGACCAGAGCAGCGGCGGCGACGCGACGAUGGCCGACGCGUCCAAGGCCGACGAGGCCAAGAUCGACAAGGAGCUGAAACGCCUUUACGGCGCCUGGCUCCCUACCGCCUGGGGCGGCGACAAGGCGCCGCCGCGGAGGAAAUCAAAACGGACGGCGACCGCGCUCUACACGGGCGCGGAGCGGUCCAAUGAAUCUGUCACGUGGGACGUCACGUCGGUUUGGGACCCCACGGAACCACUGACUCUCCGACAGAAACUGACCCUGUUGCUGCUCAGCACCCGGAUUUCUAUCUUCGGCGGGUCAGCUUGCUGGAUGGCGAACCCGAAGCGCGAGUACGACUCGGACUUCGACAUGUACAUGGGCACCACACGCCUCGACCCGCUCGAGAAGAAUGUGAGGGAUCUGCUGAAGCGCGCGAAGCUCGACGACCCGAGCUACAAGUACGGCAAGCGCGGCGAGUCGCCGCGCUUACGGUGCUUGACGAUGAAGGUCGACGGCGCGUCGUUCGAUAUCGACGUCACGUACCAGCCGGAGUUCAAAAGGGAACCGCAGUACGUCCACGACGCCGACUGCCUCGUGGCGACGCUCGUAGGGAAGCAGUUCGUCUGGAAGUGGAACCCCAGCGUGACGAACAACGACAUCCGCGUGGACAGUUUAGGAAACGUCAUCGACCGUACGCAGAAGAUGAUCACGUGGAUGCUCGUGAACGACGAGGAGAUGGCCGCGAACAAGGAUCUCUCGAUGAAGUGCCACCAGCGCUCCGUUAAGAAGCAAGCGCAAAACUGGAAUCUCAUCUUCAAGUACUUGAAGGGCUACGACGAGAAGAAGAUGAAGAGCUUCGUCGACCGGCACGCGGGCAUCGAGAAGAUGACGAGUGCGCCGGGCUUCCGAGGGCGCAAAUCGGCAGCCGUUGAAGCCGCGCUGAUCGCGACGCUGGCGGGCGAGCUCGAGCGACGGAAAUCGUCUGUUCGAAUCGCGCGGGCGCCGGACGGCGACCCCGUCUACGACUUCGUCAUCGUCGACGCGAAGGACGCGGCCAAGGCGAUCCUGGAGGGCUGGGUGCCAAACCUGCUCUGGGACGGCCGCGUCCUCGGCGGCCAAGCGAAGACGUCGCGUGGUGUCAAGCAUGACGCUUCGUUUACGCAGACGAGCAAGGCCCUGCUCCUGAAGUACAAGGACGCCGUCUUCGUGAAGUACGACUACGCCACGGGGCGCUUCCUCAUCGUGCGAGACGGGAAGGUCCUGGCGGAUCUCGUGAAGGAGGGCCGACGUGUUGAUCUUCCAGCGUGCCAGCGACGGCACAAGAAGGACGACCACUCCGACGUCUCCCGAGCGUACCAGGUCUACCUCGAUCCACGGCACCCGGACGGCGCCGAGCUCUGGGAGGCGCACGGCUGCGCGACGAUGGACGAGGCCGUCGCCAAGCUCGAGGGCAUCUUCAAGACCUCGAAGAAGAAGAAGAAGACCUACGACCAGCUCUUCAGCACCAUGGAGUACAAGGAGCUCGCGUCGUUGGCGACGUUCCUCGGCGACGACGGCGAGCUGCGGCUCUCGUCGGUGCCUUUCCAACUGGUGGACGCGUACCUCCUCAUCGUCAUCGACGGCCACCACAUCAAGCUCAAGUUGCAGGCCAAGGGGACGGAGACGAAGACCCGGAACCGGUAUAUAUUCGCGAUGCAUCAAGCCGGCUACGACAAGGACUCGUUUCACCUCUUCCUCUGCACGAUUCGGGAAGGCGACGAGAUCCGAGGCCACUUUCUGCUCCCGCGGCAGGUGCUCUGGCGCCACCGCCACUUCCCCGGACAGAAGAAGCGGCGCUCGCAAGAGAAUCUAGCGACGAAGGAACCGGUCGUCAACACGAACAUGCUCGACGUCAUAGUGGCGUCCAUCGAAGGGGGCCUCGACGUGCCCGGGCUCGAGAAGGCGAAGCCGUCGCGGAUCCACGAGGAAUCGGGGCUGGAGGCCUUCAUGAAGGACGCCCAGGACUACUACAUCCCCGCCGACGCCGACCCGGCGGCGGCUCGGUCGCGGAUCCUCAAGAUCGUCCAAGAGUCCAGCCGCGACCUCAACGAAGACGACGAAGUGCCCCUCGACGACGUCGCGGACACGCCCGAGGCUCGCUUCAAGGCGGGCAUCUGUCGGGCGGGGUACCGCUACGUGCUCGGGAAGAAGGGCGGGACGCGCAUCCAGGAGGUGAACGGCGGCCACAACACCGUGACGUCUGGGGCUUACUACGCGACUACACCCAAACCCGCGCUGGACCUGAAGAAAGCAUUCGACGAUGGCGGCACCGAAGCGGCCAUGAACGAGAUGAUCCGCUGGAAGUCGGAGACGAACGUGGAGGUCAUCAAGAUCCUCAGUUCUGUGAAGCACUACAAAGGCAAGCCGCGGCCGAAGGUGCUCGCGGACGCGCAGGCCGAGGUCGCGAAGAAGAAGGCGGAGAAGGAAGCGGAGAAAGAAGCGAAGAAGGCCACCCAUGCGGCCAAGCCGAAGCGCGGUCGCGAGGAGCGCGACCCCGCGGAAUUAUCCCGACUUCUUGGGCAGACGCCGACCCCCGUACCCUCGUUCAUCUCCUGCGACCCGGACGGCAACAGCCAGGCGCGCUUCCCGGUGCGCGUCACCUACGAGAACAACAAGCUCUGGUCGGAGUACGUGACGUUCGCGACGUUCGUGAGCACGCCGAGCCGCAACUUCACGAACGAGAGGCUCCUCUUCUCGUGCGAGCGCGACGACGACGGCCAGUGCCAGUACCCGCCGACCCGCUACGCGUGCGUGUCCGCCGCGUGCUUCACCUACGUCUUCCACUCGAAGAAGCCCAAGGACACGAGCGGUCUGACGCAGCGCAUCUGGUUCCUCGACGGCACCGGCAGCGACGUCUUCAAGCUGGGCAAGGGCCGCACCACUUACUACGACUUCUGCAUCGACGAGGACGGGUCCGUCGUGAGCGCGCCGACGUCCGCGCCGACGGCGUCGGCCGUGCCGACCGCGGCUCCGUCGUCCGCGCCGAGUCCGAGUCCGUCGUCGUCGCCCACGCUGGAUCCCAGCCCGAGUCCGUCGAAUAUUCCGUCGGCGCUACCGACGACGACUCCGAGCGCCGCGCCGACGGCCGCGCCGAGCCCCGCGCCGUCGAACGCGCCGAGCCCGUCGCCGUCCGGCGCGCCGAGCGCGCUCCCGUCGCUCUCGCCGACGACCUCGGCGCCGUCUCCGACGCCCUCCCUGGCGCCCACGUCCUACCCCACGCCGGACUGCGCGUCGGGCGAGUCCGUGCUGCUGCUCAAGCGCGCGCCGUCCGCCGAGGCCUGGGCGUCGGCGACCGUCUCGGUCUCGGUCGACGGCUCGGACGAGUCGAUCUCCCUCGAGCCCGGCUCGGCGCUCGCGACCUACGUCUGCGCCGCCGACGGGUGCUACACGGCGACCUUCGACUUUGGCGACGAGGGGCCGGCGGCGGACGUGAGCUUCACGGUCGGCGACGUCGAGACGGUCCCCGGGGGAGACGGGGCCUACACCUUCUGCCUCGAGGGCGGCGCCGUCGUGAGCCACCCGUCGCCGCCGCCGUCCCCCCCGCCGUCGGCCGCGCCGUCGUUCGCCGUCAAGUCCUACGCGUCGUCCCUGACGCUUAGCGGCUUCUCGCCGGACGACUUCGGCGACGAGGAAGCGGAGGCCUUCGAGAGCGCGACGGAGGCCGCGCUCGACGACGGCGCGAGCUCCGUGUCCGUCACGGGCGUGACGUCCGCCGCGCGGCGGAGGCUCGACGAGGGCGAGUCGACCUACAUCAGCUUCACCAUCGACUCGGAGCGCUACUUCGUCGAGCUCGCGCCCUCGCUGCGGCUCUCGCUCGAGGACGGCUCCUGGGCGGCGCACCUGCUGAACCACAGCGCGUCCUUCGCCAACGUGACGAUCGACGAGGAUUCGCUCGUCAUCGUCCCGCCGCCGAGCGCGGCUCCGAGCCCGAGCCCUACGGCUGCUCCUAUACCCGCGCCCUCAGCCGCGCCGUCGGCCGCGCCGCGGCCGCGGCCGACGGGCGUCCCCGCGCCCGCGCCGUCCGCGCCGCCCACGCGCCGCCCGUCGCCCGGGCCGACGCCGCGGCCCACAUCCGCGACGCCGCGCCCCACGGUGCGCCUCGGCGACCCCACCGCGCGGCCGUCCGCGCCGCCGACGCUCCUCCCGACGACGUCGGCGCCGUCGGCCGCGCCGACGCCCGUGCCCUGCUACGUGCUCCGGGACCAGGGCCUCCUGCCCGACUCGCCCAUGCUCGCCGGCGCGACGUUCACGUCGACGGGCGCGGAGAUGCUCGUCGAGUUCGACGCGCCCACGGACCAGUUCGGCUACGAGGCCGGCGUCGAAUUCGGCUGCGGCGCCGUGCUCACCUUCGCGGACGCGGGCGCCGCGACGUGCUUCUGGAGCGACGCGGCGACGCUCCGGAGCGACGUGUCGGCGGCCUGGGGCCUCGUGCCCGGCGAGCCCGUGCUCUACUGCGCCGCGGGCGCGCGCUGCGACUGCUACGACUACGCGAACGCGUCCGCGGUGCCCGCGGAGGCGCCGGACCCGCCCCUCGUGCCCGCGGCCGUCGUCUCCGGGCCGACGACGGCGUCGGCCUGCGAGGGCCUGACCCUCGAGAGCUCGCAGUCGUCGGGCGGCGGCGGCCGGCCCAUGACGUACUCCUGGGCCGUCGCGGCGGCGCCGAACGCGAGUUACUGGGUCCCGGGCAACGGCUCGAACGCGUCGCUCGCUUUGAGCGCGCUCGACGCCAUGGCCGCGCGCGGCGGCGACGCCCUCGCCGCGACGUCCGCGGAGCUCGUCGCGCUCGCGAGCGUGGGCGUGACGUCGCUCGAGGCGACGCUCGGCCUCGAGAACUUUUUGGGCGGGGCCGCGACGUCCGCGCCCUUCACCGUCGCCCUGCGGAGCGACACGCCGCCGAACGUCGUCGUCGUCGGCGGCGUCGCGCGGUCGCUCGCGAACCGCGCGACGCCGCUCGCCGUCAACGUCGACGCGAUCGCGACGUCCUGCGACGGCCGCGCGGCCGCGGACCGCGACGUCGCCUACGUCUGGACGGCCUACGACGCCGCGGGCGGCGCCCUGGACCUCGCGUCGACGUCGCGGGACCCGCGCGCCUUCAAGCUCGGCGCCUACGCGCUACAAGCGGCCGCGGCGUACACGCUCGCCGUCGUCGUCACGGACGUGUCCCUGGGGCUCAACGUCACGGCGGCCGUCGCCGUCGACGUGGGCCGCGGCGACGUCGUCGCGCUCAUCCUCGGCGGCGACCGCGUCGUGCCGCUGUCGGGGGUCGUCUUCGUCGACGCUUCGGCCUCGUACGACGCGGACGUCGAGGGCGUCAGCGGCGAGGCCGCUGGCCUGCGCUUCGCCUGGGCCUGCGAGGGCCCCGCCUGCCCCGCCGGCGACGCGCUCGCGGCGGAGACGUCGGAGGCCCUGGGGCUCGCGGGCCUGUCCCAAGUCGGGCGGGCGACGUUCGCCGUGAACGUCACGGCCGCCGACGGCCGGUCGUCGACGGCGUCCGUUGCCCUCGAGCUCGUCGACGACGAUCCGCCCUUCGCCGCCAUCGACGCCUCCGAGGUGCCGAGCCGCGUCCCGAGCGCGGCCAAGGUCGUCCUCUACGGGGCCGUCGCGCCGAGUAGCCUCGGCGCGGCCGCGGACCCGGCGCUCGGGCUCAACAGCACGUGGCGCCUCACGGGCGGCGCCCUCGAGGACGCGUUGCCCCUCGAGGCCUGGGCGAACACGGCGACGACCAUCGCCUUUAACGCGGUCGCCUACGCUCACGACCUCGUGCUCUCGCCGGGGUCGCUCGUCGCGGGCGCGGCCUACGAGCUCACGCUCACCGCCUCCCUGCAACACAAGGACGCCCGGGGCGCGGCGAGCGUGCGCUUCGUCGCCGUCGCGCCGCCGGCGGCGGGCCGCAUCUCCGCGUCGCCCGCGGCCGGCGUCGCCUUGGAGACGUUCCUCGAGGACGACGGCGACGAGUCGACGCUCCGCGUGGCGACGCUCCAGCCGGACGUCGGCGACGUCGUCCUCCCCGCGGGGCGGCCCAACGUCACCGUCGCCGCGGUCGCCUACGACGCCGUCGGCGGCGACGCGCGCGCGAGCCUGAGCGUCCGCGUCGCGGAGACGACGCUCGCGGGCGCGGCGCUCGCGAACGCGACGGACCUGCGGUUGUCCACGGCCUUCGCGCUCGGCGAGUCGGAGACCGUGUGCCAGGUCGUCGUCGCGACCUCGAAAGCCGCGGCCGACGACUCGAAAGUCGUCGGCGACCUCGUCGCGUCGGUCGCCGCCGUGUCCGCGUCCCUCGACGCGGACAGCUCCCUCGUCGAGCAGGCGGCCCUCGCGCUCCAGGGCCCGGCCGCGGCGCUCGCGACCUUGAACAACGGCGCCGCGGCGACGACGGCCCUGGACACCGCGCUCGCGCUCGCGGCGUCGUCGACGGCCGUCGGCGUCACGGCCAACGCCGCGGCGUCCGUCGCCCGGACGCUGAGCUCGCUGCUCGAGUCCGACCUCUUCUCGGCCCCGGGGAACAACUCGAACGCGUCCGACGCGCUCGCGGCAACCGUCGACGCGCUCCUCGAGGCCCAGCUCGUGGCCGCCGUGCCGGGAGAGUUCGCCGCGACGACGUCGUCCAAAAUGCUCAAGACGUCGUCGCAGCGCCUCGCGGCCAACGCCACGGGCGCCGCGCGCGCGCUGCGGCCGCCCGGCUCGAACUCGUCCGUGGACCUGCCCGACGCGCUCGGCGGGUCCGGAAACUACGACGUCCAGGUCGCCGAGGUCGCCGACGACUACCGGUCCGACGCGCGCCUCGCGGGCGCCGUCGUGCGCCUCGGCGUCUACGCCGUCGAGGACGCCGGCGACGCGGCCGCGCGGCGGCGGCGCCUCGCGCGCGCGAACGCGUCCGCGGGAAACUCGCGCAACGUCUCCGCGUCCCUCGUCAUCGGCGACCCCGCGGGCGGCGCCGUGGCGUCGCCCUUCAACAAGAGCGACUUCGCGAACGUGACCUGCCUCUGCGGCUUCGUCGGCAACGUGUCCUACGCCUGCCCCUCCGGCGACGUCGUCACGAAAUACUGCAACGGCCUCCCGGGCACGUACGAGGUCGCGUGCCCCCGGGGCGUCAAGGCCUGCGCCAUCUACUCGACGGGCUUCACGAUCUGGGAGGCGCCCAAGUGCGUCUUCAGCGUCGACGCGCUCACGGGCCUGGCCCGGUGCGACUGCGACGUCGCGACGGGCGCGCCCGAGGACUGCUCCACGGAGCUCACGCCGACGUCGCUCGUCGCGUCCUACGCGGGCGACCUCGCGGUGUUGCCGGACCCGCGCCGCGCGGCCUACAUGCUCUACGCGCUCGCGGCGCUCGUCGGCCUCGUCGCCGCGAUGUGCGCCGUCGGCAGACGCCUCGACGCGCGCGACCGGAAGCGGCGGCUGAAGCGGCGCAACUUCGGCAGCUCCCUGGCGCUCGCGGCGCGCGCGGCGGCGGCGCAGGCGGCGUCGGCGUCCUACGACGCGUCAGACGUCUACGAGGGCGUCGUCGGCGACUGGCGGAGACGCAUCUCGCGGGGCCUGCGGACGGGCCACCCGUUCCUCAACUUCUGGGGCGUCUACUCGAGGACCGUGAGCCGCGCGGCGCGGGCCUUGCUCUGCGGCUUCGAGUGCCUCAUGUUCAUGUACGCCAUGGCGCUCCAGAACUCGCUCGAAUACCCGGACUUCGACGACCGGUGCGCGGGCCAGCGGACCGCGCGCGACUGCGGCGACCCGAAGCACUGGCUCCGCGGGGAGCUCCACGUCCACUACGAGGCCCGCUUCCCCUACGUCGCCGGCGCGCGCUUCGAGGCCGCGCGCGCGUGCGACUGGAAGCUCUGCUCGCAGGAGUGCGUCUCCGCGCCCGUGCCCGACGACUCGACGACGAAGAGCUCGCACUACCUCCUGCUCUGCCUCAUCCUGCUCUGCCUGUUGCCGGCCGUCAAGCUCUUCGAACAUUUGGUGGAGAACUACCUCCUCGCGCCCGCGCCGGAGUUCGGAUGGUGCCAGUCGCUCCGGCUCGGCCGCAAGGACUCCGUCGGCGACGCGUCGGACCGCCUGCCGCGGCGCCACGUCCGCGGGCGGGGCAGCGUCGUCAUGGAGAACAGGGACCUGCGCAAGGGCAUCUCGAAGCGGCUCCGCGCGGAGCUCCGGGACGACGAGGGCUUCGGCGCGCCCCCGGCGCCGGACCGCGACGACGGGCGCGUCGGCGCGCCCCCGGCCGCGGACCACGACCCCCGGGCGGACCACGACCCCCGGACGUCCGGCGACGUCGACGACGAGAUCUUCGACCAUCCGCCCGGCGCCGACGUCGAGCCGCGGCGCGUCGUCAUCGACUUCAACGACGUCGAGUCGACGAUCCACCACUUCGUCGCGCCCGGGCCGCGGUUCGCGGAUUCCGACGACGACGAGGGGCACGCCGUCGACGACGAGGACCCCCGCGGGCCCCUCGAGUCGCGGCGGGCGGCGCUGACGAGCGCCAUCGCGCGCCUCGGCGACUCCGAGGCGCGGCUCGUCGCCGGGAACCGCGACCGCCCGCCGUCGCCGGGCGCGGCGCCCGUGCCGUCGGCGCCGCCGCCGUCCGACGCGUCCGCGAAGAAGCUCGCCGCGGCCAUCGACCAGCUCGAGACGACGGAGGCGGGCCUCGCGCGCGAGCUGGAACCCGCGCGGGCCCCCGAGUGGCACGCGACCAUCGAUUCGCUGUCCGAGGCGCGGGAGCGGCUCGACGGCGUGCUCUCGGUCGCGCGGGAGCGGCUGAGCGUCGCGCCCGAGGCGCCGAUGGAGCCCGAGGAAGCACGACCGUCCCACAGCGAGCGCGCGGCCUUCCGGGGCGCCUUCGACGACGACGACGACGACGACCUCGAGCUCGAAGCGUCGGCGCCGUCGGCGGACUGGCGGUGCGCGCUCCUGGCCAAGUUGGAGCAGGAGGCCGGCGCGGCGCCCGCGCGCGCCGCGGACCGCCACGGCGUCGGCGAGCAGCUCGCGGGCGCCUGUGCGGGCGCCGCGCGCACCGUGACGCACCUCCUGGCGCGGGCCGCGUCGGAGGCGCCGGCGCGGGGGCUCCGCACGCUGGGCUCGAGCAAGGCGCUCGGCGACGCGCCGCUGGAGGCGUGCCACGCGCCCGCGGCGCUCGAGUGCCACCACUUUGCGAAGCAACUCGCGCCGCUCGUUUUGCGGGCCAUCGAGGCGCGGCGGGCCCAGCUCCGGCGCCACGGCGCCGUGCUCCGGAAGAAGGGCUGCCCGCGGGCGACGCACGCGGCGUCGUUCUGCGACCAUCUGGAGCGGAAGAUGUUGGGUUAUUGGCACUACGAGCUCGACGAGCGCCAGUGGUUGUUGUCCAUCGCGGCCAAGGCCGAGCACCAGCUCCGGCGCGCGGAGCGCUGGGAGCGCGAGCUCGCGGACGUCGAGGCCGGCGGCGGGUCGCCCCGGGACGUGGAAGACAAGCUCGCGGACUUCGUGCGCCGCGAGCAGUUCGCGCGAUCCGAGCGGCGCAUCAUCCGGACGUGCCAGGAGCGCUUCGGCGGCGAGCUCGAGGCGCCGGAGGAGCCGCCGACGCCGAGGGCCUACGCGCUCGCCUGGGCGCUGGCGAUCCUCAUCAACGCGUACUUCGCGUACUUCCUCGUGGCCAUGGGCAGCGGCCUCGGCCGCCGGGAGUCGAAGCUCUGGCUCUUCGACUGCGGCUUCUCCCUGGCGCUCUACUUCCUCAUCAUCAAGCCGGGCGUCAUCGCCAUCUUCUUCGUGCUGAUUCCCGCGACGGUCAAAAACCACGUGUCGACGCACAUGGACCCGCUGAAAAGCGCCGCGUUCCCCUACGAGGCGACGCUGCCGGGCUCGGCGACGUUCUACGUGCUCCUGCGGCGGCCGGACCUGCGCCACACGCCCAUCGGCCGCCAGAUCAACACGCUCGCCGGCGGCAACGCGGAUGUGGCCGACGGCGCGAUCGAGGACGUCGUCGACGACCAGCGCAUCGCUGUGUGGAAAUCAAACACUGGUGUGGGACGUCCCGACCAAACUUUUGAAAUUCUCUAG